UAACAUGGCCGCCGGGAGGCCGCGCCCCGCCUCCGGAGCCUCCAGCGGGCGCAUGCGCGGGAGGUGGACGGCGCGGUGACCGAGCCACGCGAUGUGGCGGCUGCCGCGGGCCGGCGCGCGGGAAUGGCGGCUAACGGCGGCGGCGGCGGCGGCGGCGAGGGCCGGCCCCGGCGGUUGGUACGAGUGGCUGGCUCAAUCGGCGCCCGUGCAGGGGACGGAGGCCGGGCUGGCGGCGCUGCAGGCGGCCGCGGGUCUGCCGUGGUGGGCCGCCAUCGUGGGCGGCGCCGCCCUGCUCCGCACCGCCGUCACCUUGCCGCUGGCCGCGCAGCAGGGCCGGAUCCUGGCCAAGUUGGAAAAUUUGCAGCCCGAGAUUAAAAAACUAGCUGAGCAUCUUCGCUAUGAAGUUUCUGUUCGUGGAAAGCAACUGGGUUGGUCUGAGAAGGUGGCCAGAUUCUACUUUAAGAAAAACCUACGGAGGAUUAUUACGGAACUGUACGUUCGAGACAACUGCCAUCCCUUCAAAGCCACUUUACUGGUGUGGGUACAGGUUCCAAUGUGGAUUUGUGUGUCCCUUGCUUUGCGCAACUGCAGUGUUGGAGCCACGGGCUCAGAAGUUCAAGAACAGUUUUCAGUAGGUGGAGCAUUGUGGUUUACAGACCUCACGGCGCCAGAUUCUACGUGGAUUUUGCCAGUUGUGCUUGGGAUUGUGAAUUUGCUGAUAGUGGAGAUCUUUGCUUUGCAAAAAACGGAAGUUUCCAGGUUCCAGAAGCUUGCUACAAAUUUCUUUCGAGUGGUGUCAGUAGUAAUGAUCCCUGUUGCUGCAACAGUCCCCUCUUCCAUGGCGUUGUACUGGCUGUCCUCCAGCUUCAUGGGACUCUCACACAACCUGUUGCUGCGUUCUCCGACCUUUCGCCGACUGUGCUGCAUACCAAGGACCAAAUCGGACUCGGAUACUCCUUACAGGGAUAUUGUGUCUGCCUUGGCUACCAAAUACAGUUUUAAGAAAUGAUUUGAACUGUCAGAAGAGCUGUCCCACAAAUGUUGCAUGGCUAAUUAAGUAGUGCUAUUUUGUUGAGGUGUACUUAUUUACUGUGAAAUGUUGCAGCUGGAAUUAUAUUUAUUUUCCAAAUAAAGCAGUGACUGUCUGGCCAUAA